UAGCAGAUCGGCUUCACGGGCGAAAAAGCCGGAGGCGGGAAAGGAAGAAAAAGAACCCCGUAGCGACUCAGUGUUUUCACUCGCCUCAACGUGCAGUGCGUAACUUUGUGCUUGACACCCUAGACGUAGAGACUCCGUUUUUAAAACCUCUUUAUCUGGACGCUGUUAAUGAAGUGAAGGAGCAGGCCGAGCAGGAGGAAGCGCAGGAGUUGAAGCCGACCAAGCGGCAGAGUCUGAAGAGGAAGCGGUUCGCGGUGAAGUUCGCUGCCCUGCCGGAGGAGAUGUCCCGAGAGGGAGGCCAGCUCACCAUCACCGAGUCUCUCGACUCGGACCAGAUGGAGGCACUCAAGACGCUCAAAGGGCUCGUUGCCGACGAAAGCAAUUUAUACAUUGGCGAAGAUGACAGAGUUUUAAUGAGGUAUCUAAGGUGCACAAAUUUCAACCCAGACAAAGCUUUUUAUAGAAUGAAAUCUGUAUAUACUUUAAAAGCAAACAAUCCCAACUGGUAUCCAGAUGGUAGGCCGCUAAAGGAGUAUAGCUGGCUCUUAGACAAGCACGUCCAUCAUCUAUUGUCCAGUAGAGACUCGAAAGGGAGGAAAGUGUACCUGGUUAAACUCGGAAAUAUAGCUGUAGACGAAAUGCCACCUAACUGUUUGUCACAAAUAGACGAUUUAUGGCUAGAGGGUGCUUUGGAUGAACCAGAGACGCAGAAGAACGGAAUGGCAUUUAUACUUGACUUCAAAAAUACGUCUUGGAAAAUUAUGAAAUACAUAACAAAAGACGUCGUCACUGUAGGCACGAAGAAAGCGGAGAUGGUCCCACUCAGGCAUAUGGAAUAUCACCUAAUCAAUUACGGAAUGUUUAUCAAUGCUAUCGUCAGUUUUGUGUUCCCUUUCCUUAGUGCAGAGAGUAAGAAAUGUAUCCAUUUUCACAAAAGUAGUAUGAAAGAACUUCACAAAUUUGUCGAUCCUAUGGUUUUGCCCCCCGAAUAUGGCGGAGUGGGUCCAGAAUUAGAUCCUGAGCAGUUGCAGCAAUACAUUUUUGAGAAUGAAUCCAGGCUGAAAGAACUUUUCUCCUUCGGUUACCAGACGGAAAAGAAAGACAAGGGCGAUUCAUAAGUUCCAGCUACCAUCAGGACCGUUCCAGCAAUUUUAAAACCGGAUCCAUCUCAUGAAAACUCCUAUUGUUUAGGUUUUUAUGCGAUAUGGAUGAAAAUAUAUGUGGAACAGUCUCAACUUCCACGCUCCUGUGUGAAAAGACAAAUUAUUUUUGUGAUAGAAAACGUCUUCAAAGUCAGCAAUGUAGUAUUCGGAAA